AUGUUUAUAUUUGAUCUAUUACAAACAACAUACAAUUAUUGUCGUGUACAAUUCGUCUCACUUAACCUAUUUGAUUCUCGAUCAACAGAUCCAACAAAAUUGUAUCAUGAAAUUCUUUCAACUCGUUUAUUUAUUGUUCUAUUUGGAGCUUCACUUAUUAUACUCACUACCUAUACAUCUUUCAGUCCACAAAUGACAACUGAAAAGAUUCAUUCACCUUCUAUAUCUGAUUAUGAACGACUCCAAAAACGAUACUCGGAUACUCUUCAGUGUUUAUGUGCAAAAAUAUCGAUACCUUAUUAUCGAUUUACUAAUAUUGAAGCAUCAUUUCAUCAGGUUUGUUCAAGUUAUUUUACUUCACAAAAAUGGAUUGAUUUCCUAUUCAAAAAUGGUGAUAGAAAUCUAUGGCCAAUGGAUGUACGAACAAGUCUAAGUGCUAUGUGGAAUUUGAUUGGAACACUUUGUGAUCACUCGGAAGACUUUUUUUACAAUGCAUUUUUUGAGUUCGGAGUGUCAUUCAUAAUUAGUUCCACAGUUGUAUCGAAAGAUCAAAUUCAUAUUAAUAUUCAAGAAGCUAUCGAAGAAAUACAACGAACAGCAUCCAAUACCUUUUUAUUACCACUUACCACUAUCCAACAAAUUACACAAAUAAAUAGUUUUAUGACAGGUACAUCAAUAAACUACGGCAUAAGUAAAAGCAAUCAACCGUUUGAAUAUAUUGAAUCUAUUCAAGUUAUUACAAAUAAAUAUUUACGAAAAGGAUCAACGAAUAAUUGUUCUUGUUUAAUUAAAGAAUCAUGCCCAAUGCCUGGUGGUAUCUAUUUAUAUGAUAUGUGGGAAACUGAUGCAUUUUUUGAUCUGAAUAUUCUAAUCCCUAAUGAAACACUGCCUGGUCUUGUUGUUGAUUGUUUACCACUUCAAACAACAUUUGCUUCGUCCUUGGAAUGUUUCUACAAUCAGACAUGUCUCAAUAUAUUACUUUCAACCUAUUCAACUAUGAUCGAUGUUGAAAUACUUAAUCAAUCUUUAUCAAGUCGAUUUCCAUUAACAACAAGUAUUGAAUCAAUCGUUCGUAAAUUAUUUGUUGAAAAGUUUCAUAUUCAAAUCAAUUAUAAUUUUUAUUUCGAUGCAUGUGCACCAGUUUACUGCAGUUAUAUUCGUGCACGUCGAUUUAACUGGAUCUAUGUUAUUACUACUCUCAUCGCUCUAUAUGGAGGAUUGAAUGCGGCACUUUAUAUCAUUACUCCUUAUUUGAUCGAUUUGCUGUUAUUUGUGAAGAAAAAAAUAUCCCGACGAGAUCGAUCUCAACAGAAUGAAAAUGAUCCAUUUGAUAUUUUUCGUGGACGUAUCUCGACAUGGCUUUACAUUAUACUCUUAACCACCUCUAUGACUAUUAUAACUGUAUUUACUAUGAAUGCAUCCUAUUGGGCAACCGAAACUAUUUAUUUGCCAUCAGAAAAGCAAUAUGAAAAUUUAUAUCAACAAUAUCCAGAUACACUACGAUGUCCUUGCACUAGUAUUUCUAAUCCUUAUGGAUCAUUCGUUCAAGUGACAUUAAGACAGCAUCAAGUAUGCGAAAGCCUUUUCGUUCAACCAUGGUGGCAUCAAAGUUUGAAUUUAGUAGAAAACUAUAAUUCAUCAUUGAAUUCUUCUAUAUUUAUUUCGUCUUAUUUUCGAACAUUAUCCAUGCUGUGUGAUACAACAAAGACAACUCUAGACGAUGCAAUACGUCAAUUUUCUUCCACAACAUUUGUGAGUUCUCACGUUCGUCAAAGACAGUUCAUCGUCUUACAAACGGAUCAACUUUUUUCAGUACUUAAAUCUUCAGUGAUCACCGAAUUCAACAAUAUUAUAGCGCUAAUCAACGGUGUACUUCACACGAAUCAAUAUAUUAGUGGUCGACAAACAAAUAUUUUACUCAAAAAGCUAUUUUUUAACAGUUCCAAUCAAGCAAGAAUAGUUGCUAUUACGACUGCUGGCUAUGAUGAUAAUGGUCAACCAUGUUAUUGUGCUCAAAAUCCAUUAUGCAACAUAGAAACACACUAUCAAGAUUCAACAUCAUGGGCAAUACCAGGUUUAUCAUUCAACUGCUUCGUGUUCGAUUCAGUAUUGAAGUCAUCUCUCAUAUGUUGGUAUAAUCAUCAUUGUCUAAAUGAAGUGUUAACAAAAUUGGUCUUUUUUGAUACAUCUAAUAUCACAAAUAUUACUAUUCUUGAUGAUAUGUUACCAAGUAGAUUUCUUCUGAAUACUACAAUAAAAUUUCUACUCGAUCAGAUGAUGAUCGAAGAAUGGGGUGCAGUGAUUAAUUACACUGCCUUCUAUCAUAACUGUCAUCCGACAUAUUGCACAUAUUCUUAUUAUGCUCGACAGAAUGUGCUCUAUCUUAUUGCUACAAUGAUUGGUAUUUUCGGUGGUCUCGACGUUAUUCUUCGAAUAGUUUGUUUGAUUAUUGUUCGAUUCUUAUUUCGAUGUAGGAGCGCACCACAUGAAGUUAGUACAUUACUCCCGAACACAUCAGAAACACUUAAUCGUAAGUAA